AUGCCGCCCAAAAAAUCCGCGACGCUCCUCCCAAAGGGCCAGGCGUCGCUCUCCAACUUCUUUGGCGGCAAGGGCGCCGGUUCAAGUCCAGCCUCAUCUCAGGACAGACCCACCACCACCACAACCAUGAAGAGCUCGCCAUCUGCCACGUCCUCCAAGUACUUUGCAUCAAAACCCGACACCUCCUCAUCCCGCCGCUCUGCCACCGCAACCAAAGCAGAUCCAAUGAUCAUCGACGACUCGGACGACGACAGCCUCGAUUUGAAGCCCGCUUCCCGGUCGAAGCCAAAAGCAAAUGCAGCCAGCUCCACGCGCACAACGCCUACCAAGACGCCGACCAAGCGCAAAGCAGAAAACCAUUCCGACGACGACGAUUUCGUGGAUACUCGAAAGUCUAGACGUGGCGACCAUGACGACGACGACGACGACGACGACGACUUUGCUCCAGCACCCAAGAGACCUGCAACUACUACGUCCAGAGCCAAAGCCAGUGCUGCUUCACACCCGCCUCGUCGCGCCGCAGCCAAUGCCAAGUCCAUCAAGAUCGAUGAUUCCGACGACGACGACGACCGAGAUGACUUUGUCGAGCCAAAGAAGUCCGCUUCCAACGGCAGCGCCAAGAAGGCGUCUCCUGCAAAGCCAGCUCCAGCUAAGAAGGCGGCCAAGCAGGAUGACGACUUUGAACCCGCAGACACCGCCCCGGCAGCCGACAAGAAACCCAACUGGAGGGAAAUGGCUGCUCGUCGUGCUGCCGGCCCAGCCAAUCCUGGCUCCAAGGAGAUUCCUCAGGGCCAACCCAACUGUCUUGCCGGCCUCACUCUAGUCUUCACCGGGGAGCUCGAGUCCAUCAGUCGUGACGAAGCUUCCGACCUCGCAAAACGAUACGGUGCACGCAUCACCGGCGCUCCCUCCUCCAAGACCUCGUACGUCAUCGUCGGAGAGGGUGCCGGCCCCAAAAAGCUCGAGUCGAUCAAGAAGAACAAGAUCGAGACGCUCAACGAGGACCAAUUCCUCGAGCUCAUCCGUACACGCGGUGCUGGCCAGCUCGACGAAAAGACAAAACAAAAGAUCAAGGCCGAAGAGGAAAAGAUCAAAGAGGUCGCCAAGAGCAUGGGUCUGCCCAAGGAUGCCAACAUCAAGCCCGCCGAUCUCUCCAACAUGCUCUGGACCACCAAGUAUGCUCCGACUCAGAUGAAGGACCUCGUAGGCAACAAGGCUGCCGUUGAUAAGCUGGCUGGUUGGCUCAAAGCUUGGCCCGCUUCGUACCGCUCCAACUUCAAGAAGCCCGGCCCGCUCGGCAUGAACGUCUAUCGUGCUGUUCUCAUCUCGGGUCCACCCGGUAUCGGCAAGACCACUUCGGCGCACCUCGUCGCCAAGAUGGAAGGCUAUUCGCCGCUCGAGUUCAACGCCAGCGACGCACGAAGCAAAAAGCUCAUUGAGGGCAUGCUUCAGGAUACCAUCAAUAACAAAUCGCUCGACAGCUGGUACAGCACCGUCACAAGCUCCGCGUCCUCGUCCACCGAUCUGCCUCGCAUCCACGAGCGCACCGUUUUGAUCAUGGACGAAGUCGACGGCAUGUCCGGCGGCGAUCGCGGUGGUGUAGGUGCCAUCAACGCGCUCAUCAAAAAGACAAAGGUACCCAUCAUCUGCAUCUGCAACGACCGACGCAACCAAAAGAUGCGCCCCUUCGAGCACACCACCUUCAACCUCACCUUCCGUAAACCCGAUGCCAACCAGGUCAAAUCGCGCAUGCUGUCGAUCGCCUUCAAGGAGAAGCUCAAGAUCCCCGGCGAAGUCAUGGCCCAACUCAUCGAGGCUGCGCAGAGUGACAUUCGAUCGGUGAUCAACAUGCUCAGCACGUGGAAGCUUUCCAACGACACUAUGGAUUUCGACGAGUCCAAAGCGCUGGGGGCCGAGAACGCCAAAACGGGACUCUCUACGCCGUUUUCGCUGUACAGCGAUCUGUCGGCUCCGGGCAUGUUUAACGCGAACUCGAAGAAGACGCUGAACGACAAGGCGGAUUUGUACUUUCAGGAUCAUUCCUUCGUGCCGCUCAUGGUUGCCGAGAACUAUGUCAAGGCUAGGCCGGUGUUGGCGUCCAAGGAGGUGGGCGGCAAGCAGCAGUUGAAGCACCUGGAGUUGCUGAGGAGGGCGUCGGAGAGUAUUUCGGACGGAGAUCUGGUGGAUCGUAUGAUCCACGGAGGCGAGCAGCAUUGGAGUCUGAUGCCGUUGCAUGCGAUCGCGUCCUCCGUUCGGCCGUGUUCUUUUAUUUACGGAGGCACGGAAGGCGGCUUCCCGAGCUUCCCGGCGUGGCUGGGGCAGAACAGCAAGCAGCAGAGGCUGACGAGGGCGGUGGUGGAUCUGCAGGCCAAGAUGCGGUUGGUGUGCAGUGGAUCUCGCAACGAUCUGCGGCAGCACUAUCUGCCGAGCAUGUGGGGGAUGUUGAUCCGGCCGUUGGUGGAGAAGGGCGGGGAUGGGGUGGAGGAGGUGAUUGGGUUGAUGGACGAAUACUAUUUGGGGGUGGAGGAUAGAGAGGUGAUUUUGGAACUGGGGUUGGAGCCGAACAACGCCGAUGUCUGGGCGAAAAAGGUUCCUAGCGCGGUCAAGAGUGGGUUUACGAGGAAGUACAAUGCGGCGAGUCACCCGAUCGCGUUCAACAAGGCGGAUGUCGGGGUAGCGAAGGUGAAAGUGGCCAAGGGCGAGGUGCCGGAUUUGGAGGAUGUGGUGGAGGAAGAGGAGGAGGUGGCGGCGGAUGAGGAGGAGGACAACAACAAGGAGGAUGGCGAUGAUUUGAGCAAGGAUAAGCUGGUCAAGAAGCCCAAGGCGGGGGCAGCAAAGGGGAAGGGCAAGGCGGCGGUGGGUGGUAAGAAGAAGUGA